GUGAAGCGAGCGCGCGCGUCUUCGACUCAUCUCGGUGUGCUGUGUGUCGCCGCUCACCGAGAGAGAGAGUGAGAGAGAGAGAUGGCGGAUGGGUUGGAUUGGGAGUCGCUGACGGAGGCGACGUCGGGGGCGGUUGGGGCGCUGGUCAGCACCACCGUGCUUUACCCCCUCGACACUUGCAAGACCAAGUAUCAGGCCGAAGUCCAAUCCCAUGGCCAGCGCAAGUACAGGAAGCUUUCUGAUGUACUGUGGGAGGCAAUUUCCACACGCCAAUUUCUUUCGCUCUACCAAGGACUAGGCACCAAGAAUUUGCAAUCUUUCAUAUCGCAAUUUGUUUAUUUUUAUAGUUAUAGCUAUUUUAAACGUUGGUAUCUGCAAAAGAGUGGAGCUAAAUCUAUUGGAACAAAAGCUAACUUGGUUGUCGCUGCUGCUGCUGGUGCUUGCACUGUGGUUGUGACUCAGCCACUAGAUACUGCAUCUUCUAGAAUGCAAACUAGUGCAUUCGGUAAAUCCAAGGGUUUAUGGGAAACCCUGUCAGAAGGAUAUUGGAGUGAAGCAUAUGAAGGCUUAGGCAUAUCUCUCCUCUUGACAGCAAAUCCUGCGAUUCAGUAUACAGUAUUUGAUCAGUUGAAACAAAGAAUUCUGAGGAAACAAAGCAGUAAAGUUAUGCCAGCAGACACUAAAUCAUCUCCAGCAGUUCUUUCUGCCUUCUCAGCCUUUGUACUUGGAGCCAUCUCAAAGAGCGUAGCAACCAUCGUGACCUACCCAGCUAUUAGGUGUAAAGUUAUGAUUCAAUCUGCUGAUACUGAAGAUGAAUCCAACAAGGAUACACAAUCUAAAACCCCCAAGACAAUGGUGGGUGCCUUAUCUUCUAUAUGGGGAAAAGAAGGGUUUCCUGGCGUAUUCAAAGGUCUGCAGGCUCAGAUUCUGAAAACUGUUUUGAGCUCUGCCUUAUUGCUGAUGAUAAAGGAGAAGAUCUCAAAGUAUACGUGGAUUUCCAUGCUUGCUCUCAGAAGGUUUCUAUUGAUUUCACAGAAGAAAAUAAUGAGUCAUUAGAUGCAAUAUCUAAGUAUUUGUCACAAUAUCAUGGAUGCAAUAUUGAACUCCACAUGUGGAUUUACAUUCUCGAAGAAAUGGAUGUUGAAAAUGAGGCAGCUAAAUUGUUCUGCCAUUUCAAUUUAAUUAGGAGUGGCUCUUUUUACCCAAACAACAACCUCCUCCAAUGAAGGUUUAUAUAAAUAAACCACAGGAUGCUUGUUGGCUGUAAUUAUCCUGAAUGUGCUAUCAACUUUCGUCAAUAAAUCAAGCAUGGGUCACGAUUCUGUGUUGUUCCA